GCUUCCCGCGCCACCAACACCAAUGGCUGUCACCCAGGACACACACACACCUAAAUACAAGCUUUAAAAAUCGGCAUAUUUGGACAACACGGCUUACAAGGCCUCGAUGGAUGAUGUCUCCUCUGGACCUGGCAUGGGAUAUAAUGCCUUAUACCUCACAUCAGAGGUUUCAAGUGCUUUAGAAAACAUGUCUCAGGAUCCUGAAGUAUGCAAUGAUGUGCAUUAUUCCAGGAGACCAGAAGAUGACGGUGAAGUAAAUAUCCAUCAAGAAAACAGUAUGGAAAAUUGGAUUUCUCAUGAUGAGAUCAGUAGAGAUGGUGAAAAAAUUUGUGGUGUUAUAAGUAAUGAUGAUGUCAGAAUAGGAGAAAAUUGGUUAGAAGGCAGAGAGGCAAAUGAGGCUGUAAAAUCUAGUGCAGAGGAAGAAGACAAUUUUAGUGAAGAUGAAGAAGACAAGUUUGGUGAUGAUGAUGAUGAGGCAAAGUAUAGUGCAGAUGAUGAAGAUAAAUUUAGCACAGAGGAGGAAGCCAAAUAUAGUGCAGUAGAUGAUGAUACUAAUUUUACAGAAGAAACGAAGUCCAGUGGAGAGGAGGAAUACAGUGUAGAUGGGUGUAAGCUUAUCACACAAGAAGAAGGGAAGUAUAAUGAAGAUUUACAUGAUGAGUGGCUUGAAACAGGGGGUCAUGUUGAUGGUCAAGUUGAACUGAGGGACACAGGCUGGGUGAGAGAUACUGAAUUUAAUAGUAUAAUCAAAGAUAAAAAGCCUUGGCCCAGUAGUAGUGAGGAUGAGAGGCAUUCUUCCACAGAGAGUGAAGCAGAAUUAACAGAGGAUGAUCAAGAACAAGCAACCAGCGAGGUAAAAGUUAAUUUUCCGUCUGCUCCAUCCAUUUCCCCCUCUAGUAAAGCAGCUCGGCCUCAACCAGUACUGUGUUUUGAUGAGUAUGGAAAUCUAACAACAGCAUAUCAUAGCCCGGAAAUAAGCACAGUUAGUGAGAUUCAGACUUACGCAACAGAACCUGCUCAUCACGAACCUGAAAUUGUUUCUGUACCUUUACAGACAAGUGAAAAAAAUAGUUCCUAUAUAAGUGAGGAAUAUCCUGAGUAUUCUUCUUGCAAUGGAGAAAUUAGAACAUUAACAAAUAAGCCAAAGCCUAAUCAUGAAAUUGAAGAAAAUGUAUUAUCAGACCAAGAAUUGAAACAAGCUUUUAAGGAAGAAUUUAUGACUGCUGCUACUAGCCGUUAUGGUAGAACACGAAAGCGUAAAACAGAAGAUGGCUUUUUCUUUGGGACCCUCAAUUUUAAUGAAUUGAGAAAAAUAACUGGAGGUAGUCCAAAGAAAACAAAGAGCUUAAAUUCUAAAAAUUUCAGUCCAGAACAGAAGCUAAAGGCAGUUACUAAAGAUGAACGUAAAUCAAAGCACAUUUUGGGAGAAGUAGAUGAAAUUAUAACACAAAAUGGGGCCAUGGAACAUAAGAACAGUGUGAUAGAGGCAGGAAUCAAGAAUAUUUCUACAAGCCAAGUACAAAUAAGUGAAACCAAAGAUGAAGCUAUACCAGUUCAAAAUGUGAAUGUUGAGCAGGGUGAUAAUAGUGAUAAAGAUUUAAGUAAAUGCAUUAGUAAUAAUAAUGACUCUCAAAAAGACCCACAGCAGAAAAAUGACAAUACCUCAGACACUGGUUCUGGUAAUGAUGGUUUUACAGAGGAGCCUUUUACAAAAGAGGCUUCUGCAGUAAGUAUAGAAACCACAGAAUCGGCUACGAGCAGUGGGGCCUCGGUAGUAUCGAGCACUUAUGAUAGACGAAGGAGGUUAAGCCUCCGAAAGCGUUCUGAACCAUCUUUGGGAACCAGGGCCACUGAAACUCAUUCUGUCGUCUCUGAUAGACUACUUAGGGGGCGGUCAGAUGUGUCUAUAAUAAAGCGUUCUCUCCAGCCAUGUGAUCAAGUGGUUCCACACAGGCGAUCUAGAAAAAUCCACACAAACUUAGAGCCUCCAAUAUAUGCAUCUAACUCAACUACAGAUUGUCAAGAUGAGCAUCAAGAAAUUUCUACAGUCUCACAAGAUGAGCAGCAGGAAAUUCCUACAAUAUCUCAAGAUGAGCAGCUUGAAAUUUCUACAGUCUCUCAAGAUAAGCAGCAGGAAAUUCCUACAAUACCUCAAGAUGAGCAGCUUGAAAUUCCUACACCUUUGAGAGAAGAGCCUACCACUUUUAAACCAUCUCGAAGAUGUAAAGCAAAUGUAGAUGAGCUGGGACCUAUUACAAAAUCAGGAAGAGUGGUCCACAAACCUCGCUUAAUGGAUAUAUCAGAUGAGGACAAGCGGCAAAAACUGUCAAGGGAACAGCUAAGACAAAGUGUUGCAUUGAUGAACACCAGCUUAGAUGAGGAGCUAGCACUCUCUGGUUUGGAUAUUCGAACAUUUGAACAAGCAAACCCAUGUAAACAUCUGCUUGGUGAUCUUGUGUGGGUUAACAUUCGGGGAAGCCCACUCUGGCCUGCUAUGAUAUCUUAUGAUUCUCUCCUUGGACAGUAUAGCAGACUAUCAUUGACACAGCUCUGGCGUAAGGUUCGCGGUAUCCGGUUGUACCAUGUGCAGUUCUUCAGUGACAAUGCUAUGACUUACUGGAUUGCCCCUGGCAGUAUUUUGCCAUUUGAAGGCUUAGCCAAGUUGAAAGAAUACCUCAUUGAGCAAAAAUCCAAGUUAAGAAAGUUACCGAGGUGCCAGCGAUCACAUACAGAAUGCCAACUAAAAACUUUAACAUACAUGAAAAAGAACUCAGGACAGAAGUAUGAGCGGUGGAUGAAGGCUAUUGAGGAAGCAAAAACUGCAUUAUUAAUGGAUAGAUAUGAAAGAAUACAAAAGUAUGCAUUGCAAAAACUUGAAAGUGAAGCUCAAGAUAAUAAUCAAAUGGUGAUUAAAUCUUCCUAUAAAAGUCUCUCUCUGGGUAGAGUUCGUAAUCCUGUCAUUGAGGUAAAGCCAGAGAAAAGGAAAAGAGGGCGUCCAAGAAAACACAGCAAGGCCCUGCCUAUUUUGAAAUUGCUUAAGUCAAAUGGUGACUCAACAGAUGGAGAGUUUUCUGGUUUUGAUGAAAAUUCGUUUGAGAAUAAUAAAGAAAGGGCUAAUAUGGUGUCCAAACUGAGUAAAGAAAGCGACUUUGCUUCAUAUGCUCGGGAGCAUUUAGAAAAUUGUAUGUUAGAAAAUCCAGGCAUAUCAGAACAAACUGCUCGUAGCAAAUUGAGAUGGAAAUGGAAGAAGCUGUCAAGUUCUCAGACAGUCAGAUACAAAUCUAAGCGUAAAUAUGGGGAUAAGCUGGUAACAGAUGGCUCUGAAGUGAAUAUUCUUAAGCGUAAACUUAGCAGUUUUGAAGAGAGAGAAGAAUAUGAAGAAACUGAUGCACUGUCUACUAAACGGCAAAAGACAGAUGAUGAUGUCGCUAAGCUCCAAAUUACAGACGAUGAUAAACAGCAAAAUGUAGAUGAUGUUUCCACUAAACGACAAAGAACAGAUGAUGAUGUAGAUAGUAUACGUGGUGUGUACAAAGUAGUUCGUAAUGAGAAAGUAUGUUACCGGUGUGAGGGUGUAAGUGACAAGUCUGGGGCUGAUAUGGUCCGCUGUAAAGGACUCUGUUGUGGUGUUUUUCACCUCAUCUGUUUAGGUUUAAGUUCAAUGCCAAAAAGAGACUUUAAAUGUGAAGAAUGCCAAACUGGACAUCACAUGUGUUUCCAAUGCAAGAUGUUUGGUGGCAUAAUGCAAAGAUGUAGCGUGCCCUUCUGUGGAAAAUUUUACCAUGAAGAAUGCGUGCAGCAGUGGCCUCAAGUUUCCAGACAGCGUCAACAGGAGAGGUUCAUAUGCCCACGUCAUGUUUGUCAUAUGUGUGCUGCUAAUGCUGAUGAUAUGGGUGACCCAGUUGCAAGAAACCCUCCAUUCACUCGAUGUCUGCGAUGUCCUACUACCUAUCACACAGGUGAAGACUGUAUAGCUGCAGGCACCGAGGAAGUAUCACAGAGUCAUCAUAUUUGUACCAAGCACCUUCAGUUACCCAAGAAUGGUACUCAUCAUGUCAAUGUUACUUGGUGCUUCUGCUGUUCAAAGGGUGGGUCCUUGCUGCUCUGUGAUCAGUGUCCUGCCGCUUUUCAUGCAGAUUGCAUGAAAAUAACUACUCCAGAGGGGGGUUAUGUCUGUGAAGAUUGUGAAAAUGGAAAGUUCCCCAUCUAUGGUGACAUUGUAUGGGUAAAACUUGGAUUAUACAGAUGGUGGCCUGGUCAAGUGUUGCAUCCCAGAUACAUCCCAGACAACAUUGAGAACUUGCAACACCAGCAAGGCAUGUUCUGUGUUCAUUUCUUUGGUUCCAAUGACUAUUACUGGGUUACCAGAGGACGAGCUUUCCUCUACCAGGAAGGGGAUAAAGGAUCCAGGGCACAAUCAAGUAAAACUUUAGAAAUGCAGUUUCGGAAAGCUCUUGAGGAAGCGGCAGAGGCAUACAGAGCUCAGAUGGCUAAGAAAACUCAGCUUGAAAUUCGAUGGUCUGAGAAGGGGAACUUAAAGCCACCACCAUAUGUAAGAAUUGACUCGAAUCGACCUGUAGGGAAUGUGCGUUUGAACAAGAUUGACCUAGCAGCUGUCAAUCGAUGCGACUGUGAUCCAAACUCUGAAAAUCCUUGUGGCUCUGAUGAGAAGUGUUUAAACAGAAUGCUCAUGUUCGAGUGCAUGCGUGAAGUUUGCGGAGCUGGGGAUAAGUGCUGCAACCAGAGGUUUCAAAAAAGACAAUACCCUAGUAUGUGUUCCUUUAGAACAGAAACUAGAGGAUGGGGUCUUAAAACAACACAAGAUAUCAAAAAAGGAGAGUUUGUCAUUGAAUAUGUCGGUGAGUUGAUAGAUGAUGAAGAGUUUCGGCGCCGCAUUCUGGAGAUGCACGAAGUUAAAGAAGAAAAUUAUUAUUUCCUCACAAUUGAUAAGGAUAUUAUGAUUGAUGCUGGACCAAAGGGUAAUUUAGCCAGGUUUAUGAAUCAUUCCUGCCAACCCAACUGUGAGACCCAGAAGUGGACAGUGGGUGGGGACACUCGAGUGGGCCUGUUUGCGAUUGAGGAUAUUCCUAGUGGUUCUGAACUCACCUUCAAUUAUAAUUUGCAGUGUGUUGGAACAGAAAAGAAAAAAUGCUGCUGUGGUGCUUCAAAUUGUAGUGGAUUUAUUGGUGUCAAAGUACAAAAGACAGAAAUGUCGGGUCCAAAGAGAGACAAAUUGAGUAAGCAGAAACGAAAACGUCGGCGACGGGGAGCCAAAGUGUCUGAAGAUGAAUGUUUCCGAUGUGGUGGCCCUGGCGAUCUUAUUCUUUGUGAUGUUGUUGCUUGUCCCAAAGGUUACCAUCUUGAAUGUUUGGGACUUGAUAAAUUGCCUAAAGGUAAAUGGAUAUGUCCGUGGCAUCACUGUGAUGAAUGUGGUCAGCGGAGUACUCGCCUAAAUCGAUGUGAUUUCUGCCCGAACUCAUUUUGUCGUCAACAUCUUCAGGGGUACAUCCAACACCUACAUGGUAUUGGCAGUGUGUGUCAGGAUCACAAUUCAGAGGAACUAGAAACGCUCAGAGGUCAGAUGGAAGUAACAGCAGUGAUUGAAAAUAUUACUCAAAUGCCAAAGAAAUCAAAACUUGAAAAUAAUACAGGCAUCAGCAUUAAGGAAAGUUCUCAAUGUACAAUAAAUCUCAGUUUGCCUAAUGUGCUUGAGUGCUCAAAUAUAAGCAGUGAUCAUGCCUCUUCCAAUAAUAUUUAUGGAGAUUCUUUGGAAUGCAAUGCCUUGAGUGAGGCACAAGAUGAGACUGAAUUGCAUUCCCCUCAGGGCAAAAUAACAGUUCUUCCUCUAAGAAUGAAGACGGGUUCUGGAAGACCUUCAAGGCUCUCCAGUGUGGGAGAUGGGUAUGAAAAUAGCUCUGCUGUUAUUAAUGUUGCUGGUGAUGGAGGUGGAAAUAAAAAGUCGCUAAAACAAAAGAAAAGAAAGAGAAAACUUAAGAGUUUUUUAGCUCGCAGGAAAGGUAGAAGGAAAUAUAAAUCAGAGAAGAACACAAAACAGGUAAAUGAAUCAUGAUUGCUAGGGCUGAUGAAAUAAGCAGAGUUAGUUUUUAAUUUUAUUAUUAAUUAUGACUUACCAGAAGUGUAAACAAGAUUGGUGUUAAUGUAUUAGAGUAAAACAAACAAAAAAUUUAAACUUAUCAAAACCAAAUAUAUAUAUUUUUAUGUUUUUGUCUCUACAGUGAAAGAAACUGCAGCACAAGUUGUAGGGUUCAGUGGUAGGGUUUUAGUUGCUUAGAAGCUAGUCGAACAUCUGUUUACAGGUGAACACAAAACUUAUUGAUAUUUAUUUUGUUAACAUACUGCCAGUUGUCAUUUUAAUCAUUGUUUAUUUUAGCUAUAAAUAUCAUUUACUAUUCCUCUAUCUUCUAUCUUUUAUUUUCCUUCAGUGAUUUUCGAGACUUUCUUUUUCCCAUAAGAGUUAAAUUAAUUUAUGAAAUAUUAAUUAAUAUAAAUACUUAAUAACUCUUAUAUAUAUGCUUGUUUAUGCUUAUGUCGUAGUAUAUACUUCAACACCCUUAAUUUUCUUUGGGCUAACUAAAUUAGUUUUUCAAAGGUUGUUGUAAGAUAAUGCUUUUUUUUUUUUUUUUUUUUUUUUUUUUUUUUAAUGUAACAAAGAUUUUAUAAAUAGUUUAGGUAUUUGGGGGACAAAAUGUAUUACAAAUCUUAAUGUUUUAGAAGACUGUUAUUCAUUUUCUAUUUUAAAAUGCACAGUUUCUGAAGUACUUUCAUAUUGCUUGUCAGAGCUGACACAAUGUCUUUAAAGGACAAUAAACUCCCUUUAUUAGGUUCGUUUUUAUGAACCUUGAUAUAUGAAUUUAAAAUGUGUGUAUUAUCUUUUGAAGGCCAGUGCAAUGUAUGUAGCCUAAUAUUUAAAUUUAGAGAGAAGUCAGUUUAUACAGUGUAUUAUUUGUUAAUAAAAAUGACAGUGUUACUGGGGAAUUUAUAAUUUUAUAAUGGGGAAAUGUAUAUAAACUUAAAAAAGUAUGUAAAGUCAAGUAGAGAAUGUAGUUCAGUGUGCCAUAUUUGAGACAACUGAGAAAUAUUGGUGGUUAUACACAGUUCUAACUUAAAAGGAUUAAUGGACAAAUAACAAUGAGAGAGAUAUUCAGUAAUGAAUUAGGGCUCGUGGUGACAUUGAUGACUGCUCAGUCAUUCAAAGGAUAUUCUUAAAAUAUAUUUUUGUUCAUUAGGUAAUGCUGAAUUUUAUAGUAAAAUUAAUGUAUUGUAAUGCUAUAAAAUAAUUUUUAUUUAAUGAAAGUAUUGUAUAGUACCUAGGCCAAUUCCACCCACCCCAUUAAGCUAGCCAUGAAACAAAACCAGUUAUAGAUUGUUGCAGAAAAACAUUCCAUUUUUAUCACAGUACAGACAGGGUAUAAUAAUGGAGUAAACAAAUGGACUAGAAAGAAGAGUUAGUAGUGGUGGGUACACAUUGGUAUUUCUGAGAAUUUGUUUACCUAUCACUGAAUCCAUAGCAUGUGUAUUGCAAAUAGACCAGAAUGGACAACUAGUGAACAAAAGCACAGCCAUUAAGAUAAAAUAUGUAUAUUCUGUAGAUAGAAUUAGAGCUGGAUGUAGCUGUUGAAAUAUAGCUGAAAAUUUUUACCAAUAUCCAGCCUCUAAACUCUUUUGACUACCUAUUUCCUCUGGGAAAUCCCCAAUGUAGUGUCUCACCCAGACAUUAGAGCACAAGUAUAGAUGCAUGUGAAUUAAAGUUUUUUAAAUUAAAA